AAAAAAGGACAGCCUGCUUACGGCAAACGAGGCUGAUCAAAGCGACUGCAGAUGUGGCCAGCGCCCAGCGCUCACCUGCAAGCUGCAGCCUGCCUCUUUGAGCAUACUCUUUAGCCCUCCCCGCCCGGCUGAGUUAAGCUGAGUGCAGCUGUCGUUGCCGUGUGCCCGUUUGGCUCCCGACCAGCCCUCAUUGCGCGUCAUGGCCUCCUCUCCCAACGCCAUGUCCACCGAGGACAUCUUGGAGGACUUGGAGCUACACCAAGCGCUUCUGGAGAGUCUCCUGGAAGCCCGCCCUGGUGCUGAAGAAGACAGGAUGGAACUGGAGUCAACCAUCAGGGCAUUGCGCCGUCAGUUAGAUCAGCGUAGAGGCCUCGCUCCUCGUCUCUCUCCGCAGCCUCACCCUACCGUCCGAUUGCAGUCUACCUUUGACGGUGCUGGCGAUGACAGAAUGCCUAGCUCGCCGUUCGCUUCAAUCUCUAACGAAUUAGAUCCCGAACUCCAAGCGCAAUAUAUUGCUGGACAACCCCCAGGUCCGGUCUAUCCCACAUCCUCUUCUCACCCAACACCUCACCGCAACCAUCCCAAUCCUACUUUGCUUUACGCUUCGUCGCCAGCUACUGACCACAUGUACUCUCGCGAAUCGGGCCCGUCUACCCCCGGCGCAGCGUCAACCCACAGCUUCAGCUUGGGGGAUGAGGGCUUGGAUGACGACGAUACUCAGCUUCACAGACUUCUUGGAUUAGAAGAUGUCGAUUCAUUUGCGGAGGGGCAGUAUGAGGCUGAAAACUGGUUGAAAGAUCGUCACGAACAGGAGCGCAAAGACGAAGAGCUGGCCAGACGCUUACAAGAGCAAUGGAACCAAGAUUCUCUCUACUCGUCAACAAAUUCGUCUACUCCAGCGCCUGCUCCCUCAAACAUGCCCGGGUUCUCUACAAACCCGCCGGCCGCAUUCAGGCAAGAGUCAUACCGAGCGCUUUCACAUGAUCAUAAUCAAGUGUCACCGGGACAGGCCUCAACUAUAGGCUCAAGUCGAGUUGCUCUGCCAUUUCAUCAGCGACAACCCUCCCUUGCACCGUCACCAUUCAGCUCAAGUAGAAAUAUGGAAACAAUGGAAACGCCCAUGUGGAGGGAUACUGCCCCUACUGCCAACGAUAGCAGCGAUAGUGAUAUUGCAGAGAUAUCGCCACAGGACUUUCGGCGCAGUAUGUCCGCAGUACCAGUACCCCGAUCAUCCCAGUCAUACCGUUCCGUCCAUGUUGAAGGCCCUAACAAUCGCCAUACUAUGUACCCAACUCAGUGGCCUUCUGCUCUCGCGGCCUCCCACCGCUCUUCGUCUACUUCUCAAGAGAGCCCAAUCAAGAUCCCUGAUGCUUACACUCAGGCUUUGCGUGCUGCAAGAAGUUUAGGAGAUGUUAGAAACUUGGGAGCUGUUGGAGCUUUCCUCGAUAGAACUGGCACGGGCGACCGGGCAAGCCUAUUCCCCUCGUUGUCACGCCCUGGUGAUCCCGAUUUCCUUGACAAUAAGCAAGCCAACCAGGAACUGAAACAGAUGCUGGAGAAUCUCAGACCCGACGUUGACCUCACAAAAGACAAGUGGGAAGGGACACCAACAGAGCUACGAUAUGCUCUCCUUGACCAUCAAAAGGUCGGGGUGGCGUGGAUGAAAUCGAUGGAAGAAGGAACUAAUAAAGGCGGUAUUCUCGCGGAUGACAUGGGUCUUGGCAAGACUAUGCAGGCCAUUGCUCUCAUGGUAUCACGACCAUCGUCAGAUGACACCAGAAAAACGACGUUGAUUGUUGCUCCUGUCGCUCUGAUGCAACAAUGGAAACGUGAAAUCGAAAGGAUGGUUAGACCAGAACACAAGCUUAAUGUCUUUAUUCUCCAUGGAGAGAAGCGGAAAACCACAUUUGCUAAGUUGCGGAAAUAUGAUGUGGUCCUGACUACAUUCGGUACAUUAGGGUCAGAACUCAAACGCAAGGAGGAAUGGGACAACAACAGACGGUUUGCAGGUCAAAGCAGUGCAAAUAUCGUCGGAGAAGCUCAAUCUCUUCCUCUACUUGGACCAGAGAGCACCUGGUACCGCGUGAUUAUUGAUGAGGCACAAUGCAUUAAGAACCGCAAUACAAAGUCAUCUCUCGCUUGCUGCUCACUCAAUUCCACUCAUAGGUGGUGUAUGAGCGGCACACCAAUGAUGAACAGCGUAGCUGAACUACAUUCACUACUCAGGUUUUUAAGGAUCCGUCCAUACAACAGCCUAGAGCUGUUUAACAAGGACUUUACGAGGCCGCUGAAAUCUAAUGUUCCAACCGCGCAACAGAAAGCUUUGCAGCAGUUACAAGUCGUGUUGAAGGCCGUGCUUCUACGCAGAACAAAAUACUCCAAGAUAGACGGGAAACCAAUUCUAAAUCUGCCACCUCGCGUUACUGAAAAGGUUCAUGCUUCUUUCAGCGAGGACGAACUCAGUCUAUACAAAGGUUUGGAAACGAACACUCAGAUACAAUUUAAUAGGUAUCUUGAGGCUGGAUCUAUUGGCCGGAAUUACUCAAACAUUCUUGUGCUGCUGCUUCGUCUACGACAAGCCUGCUGCCACCCUCACUUGAUCAACGAUCUUAGCGUCGAUGUUAGCGCAGUCACCGAAAAUGUAGACUUGGUCGAGAAUGCGAAGCAGUUUGAUGUCGAUGUUAUCCGACGGCUGAAGGAGAAUGAACCUCUAGAGUGUCCUGUUUGUAUCGAUGCCGUGGAAAACGCAGUCAUUUUCUACCCUUGUGGCCAUGCAACUUGCGCCGAGUGCUUUGCCAGAAUUUCAGACCCGUCGCUUGCCAUCCAACAAGGACAUGACGGCCAGGUUGAAGCCAAAUGUCCAAACUGCCGAGCUAGGAUUGAUCCGAAGAAGGUCACGGAUAAUGUUUCCUUCAAAAAGGUUCAUUUUCCAACAGAAGGUUCCGAGGCUGAUGAACCGUCAGAAAUUCCAACUAAUGAUGACGAGACGGCUGAUUCCGACUCUGACUCAGAUGAGAGCGAUGAUGACUCAGAUGAGGAUUCCGAUUUGGCAGAGUUUAUUGUACCCGACGAUUACGAUUCCGAUGAGAAACGAGAGUCAAAGAAGAGAGUAAUCAAAAGAAAGCGCAAAGGGAAGGGCAAACCCCCCAAGAAGGCUAAGAAGCCAAAGAAGACUCUAGCUGUUCUCAAGAAAGAAGCACAGAAGAAUGCUGCUGCUAAACGCAAAUACCUGAGACGGAUCGAAAAGAAUUGGGAAACCAGCGCCAAGAUUGACAAAGCACUCGAGAUACUUGAAAAGUUGAAGGGUGAAGGACAGGGCGAAAAGACAAUUAUCUUCAGCCAAUUCACUUCCCUCUUGGACCUUCUGGAAGUGCCGAUUAGUCGCAAAGGAUGGAAAUAUCGUCGCUACGAUGGAAGCAUGCGACCCUCGGAGCGUAAUGAUUCUGUUUUAGAGUUCACCGAUAACCCCGAGUGCGAUAUCAUGUUGGUGUCUUUGAAAGCCGGUAAUGCGGGCCUCAAUCUUGUCGCCGCUUCUCAAGUCAUCAUCUUUGACCCCUUCUGGAACCCAUAUAUCGAAGAACAAGCUAUCGACCGUGCACAUCGCCUGGGUCAAUUGAGACCUGUUCAAAUCCACCACCUUCUGAUCCAAAACACGGUUGAAGACCGCAUUUUAGCUCUGCAAGACAAGAAACGUGAGCUUAUCGAAGGUGCUCUAGACGAAAACGCCGCCAAACAGAUCUCGCGCCUCGGAAUCCGUGAGCUCAAGUUCCUUUUUAAUGUCAAUUAGAUAUUUUGGACGCCAUCUACUUCCCCUUUCGGGUUCUAUCAACGAUAGCACUCUCUUUCUUGUAUUUUAUUUUAUUUUUACUUUAUUUCGUGUUUAUGUGUUAGCGGGUUUGGAAUGGAUGGAUGGAUGGAGUUUGCUUGGUGCUGAUUCCCUGGGACAAUGGAAUGGAAUCAACGAAACCUGAUACCCAGUGCUGUCAGGACAGCUGUACCCCUCCUAUUAUUUCUUUUCCUUUUUACCAUUUUCGUUCUCGUACAUGCUUUUAAUCAUCUAGAUUGAGUUUUCUGACUCUGCUGUCAUAGCAGACAUUUUCAUCGAAAGUGAGAAAUUGCUGCUAGAUCUGCGAUCUUUCAUAGAAGCCGUGAAAUAGAUUUUCUAAUUUUUCCUAUAAA